UUCGUCUUCGAGCAAGAACGAUGACGUCAGUGCGAAUCUUGAUGCCAACAACACAAAAACGCCAUGGGAUUGGCUCGUGAAACCACGACGCCGUCAGCAUACCAACCGGUUUGCAGAGUCUCUUCCAUGCAGUGAUCGGCAUGCAAUCGGGAGAGCAAUCCCACGGACUGGGCAAUACAAUUAUCGAUGUCAUAACCUUGACAGACAAACAAGUAGAAUAAUUUAGGAGUCAGAAAAUAAUGAACAUGGCUACCCUCACCAAUACAAGACAACGAUGGCUGCUGCUGUGGCUGCUGCUGGCCAGCCCCACGGCAGUGGUAGCAAGGGGUCCUGCCUUUACCAACAAGAACAAGAUCAUUGCCCUGUCCGCGGGUGCAAUAGAAACUAUUAAUAAUAACGAUGAAAUUCACACCCAUGACACGGAAAUUGGAAGAAUGCGGACGAGCUUUGUCCGACACAUUUUGUCUGAUCGACUCCAUUAUGUCAAAAAUGGAAGACGCAUGAAAGAUUUCAAAGCGUGGCUUCGAAGUCGAGGCGGCGAAGUGGCCGUCUUGUCCACUCACGGUGUCGAGGUGGAUUUGCAGUUGGCAGCAGUGCCAUCGCAGCAAAAUAAUAAUAAUAUUGAAGAGCAGCAGCUACCGCCAGUACCAGCAGUAGAGGAAUACCACUACAACGAAGAUCUUGUUCGUGCAGCAGUAAUCAAAAACAAUGAUCCUUUCGCUGUGAACAAGUUGGAUUUGGACUUGCCAGUCAAUAAUCUACCCAGCCUCUAUGAAGGAGAACCAAUUCACUUGAUGGAUGAACUAAGCCCUUCUUUGCUACAGCUAUCUUGGCGGACCAUUCAGUUGAGUUUCAAGUUUGCUCCCGUCCUCUCCACGACCUGGUUGGCUGUGCUGUCCACAAAGUUUCGAAAAACUUGGUACAAGUGGGUAGCAGCUUCGUUAGGGACCACCUCGGCUGCCUUUAUCAAAUGGGGACAAUGGGCAGCCACCAGAAAUGAUAUGUUUCCAGAUUUGCUGUGCCAAGAACUGGAACUCUUGCAAAGCUCGGCACCCGAACAUUCCUGGUCAUUUUCGGAAAAAAUGAUGGAAUCCAGCUUGGGGUUGCCGGCAGACUCCUUGAUGGAUGUCUUUGAUAGUUUCGACGAAAAACCAUUGGCAUCAGGAAGCAUUGCACAAGUGCACAAAGCAGAGUUGGAUGGGAAACCUGUGGCGGUCAAAAUACGACAUCCCAGAGUGGCACAACUCAUUGAUAUGGACUUUCGAAUCAUGACGGCCUUUGCCACAAUCUGCGAUUGGAUCCCUGCCUUGUCGUGGCUGCAUAUCCGUGAAUCGGUGGAACAGUUUAGUCACACCAUGGCAGCACAAGCACACUUGCAAGUGGAAGCUCAUCAUUUGGAAAUUCUCAAUCACAACUUUCGAAAAUGGCCCACUGUCAAGUUCCCCCAUCCCAUUUAUGCCAGCUCGGCUGUGAUCAUUGAAACCUUUGAACCGGGGAUCAUUGUGUCGGACAUGAUGGACGCCUACUCGGAUUUGGCAAAUCAAUACGGCAACAAGAACAAGAACAAUCAAAACAAUGAUCAACGUGUCACUGUGGUGGAAGAAGAUGGACAAGUUGUCGAACAAGACACAACGGGUCGUCCAAGCGCAUCCGAUUUGAUCCCGGUUGAUACUGCCAAGUUCAUCGUGUGUACAGGUGUGGGUCUGUAUUUGAAAAUGCUGUUGGUGGACAACCUAAUGCACGCAGAUUUGCACCCAGGCAACAUAAUGCUUGCAGCGAUUGCGAAGGGGCAAUGCCCGGAUACAGAUCACGACAUGGAUCUCUUGGUUGUAAAGGACACAGAGUCCAAGGCGCUGGCCCAGGAGCGUGCCGAAACCAAGCUGAGAAUCUGCCUUGUAGAUGCUGGUAUGGUUGCUCAACUAACCGACCAGGAAGCAACCAAUUUCAUUGGUUUAUUGGCUAGCUUGGGACAGGGAGAUGGCAGACUGGCUGCCAAGUUUGCUCUGAAGUUCUCGACGGAAACCGACUUGACCGCUGAGGAGAAAGAAUCUUUCACAGAGGACAUGAUUGAAGUCUUUGCCGAACGAUGUAGAGGAUACUUUACUGGCGCCGAUGUGGGGCAUAUUCUGAGAGGGGUUUUAGGCUUGAUCCGAAAGCACAAGGUCCGUAUUGAUGCCAACUACGCCACGCUGGUUGUGAAUGUGCUCUGUAUUCAGAGCUUGGCACUGCAAGUUUGCCCAGCAUACAAUGUGCUGGAUGCCGCAAAGCCCCUGUUACAGAGCUACUUUGAUACCUUCUUUGAACCGGAUGGGGAAGAAAAACCACGAGCGAAAGCAGUCGCGAAAUUCAACCGGAUAAUGCCCAUCAAGUACUUGGAAAAGAGCCGCAACGACAAUGCUUUCUUCCGACGAAUAAAGCAAGCCAGACAAGCACAGAUGAAACUUGAACAGUAAAAAGCAAAAGCCAUCUGGACUCUGUUCGUCUGUAACUAGAUCUAUGCUGUAAUUGAAUAGAAUGCCUAUUGCAACUG